AUGAGUAAUUUUGUUUCAAAUAAUAAUAAGAGAAGAUGGGUAUAUGAUGCUACUGUUGGAUCACAGGGAAGUAGUACAUACGACAGUAAAUCAGCAGCUGCUGUUUCUAAAUCACCGAUUCCAAUGAUCGCUGCCACCAAUGCUGCUGUUGCAAGUAGUAGUGGUGCUGCUGCAAAUACAAACAAUGAAGUUUUAAUGAAUAAGAAAGGUUGGGAAGUUGCAAAAUCACCAGCAAAGAGUAUAUUUAUGACAGGUUUCCUAUUGUGGAUGAUAGGUAGUGGUAUCAGUAUUUUCACAAUGCCAGUUAUUAUCUACUCUGUUAUCAACCCAAUUAAAGCUAUAUUUCAAACAAACAACUUAUUCAGCAGAUUCAAAGGAAAUGAAACACUUCAAAUGAAAAUCACAUAUAUUGCUAUUCAACUUGGUCUUCUCGCAGUUGCACUCUACAAGUGUUCGAGUAUGGGAUUACUGCCUAUUACACCAUCCGAUUGGAUUUCAAGUUUACCAUUAAAGAUUAAUUUAGAUUUCUCAAGUGGUUCAUUUGUAAAUUGA